AUGUUUGGUAUAAUUGCAGAUUUGUUCUCAUCGGUCAUCACGAUUCUCUUCCCUAUCUUUGCCUCGUAUAAAGCUCUGCGGUCCUCUGACCCCUCUCAACUGGCACCAUGGCUGAUGUACUGGGUGGUUUUGUCCGCCGUGCUGAUGGCUGAGUCCUGGACAGUCUUUAUCCUCGGAUGGGUGCCGUUCUACAGCUGGAUCCGCCUCUUUUUCUUCUCUUACCUUGUCCUCCCCCAGACGCAGGGCGCAAUCAUCCUAUACCAGGAACACGUUGAUCCUUUUCUUGCCCACCAUGAGCGAGAGAUUGAGGAAUUCAUUGGCCGUAGCCACGAGCGCGCCAAGGCUCUGGGGCUGCAUUAUUUCUACCAAGCCGUGGAUUACAUCCGAGAGAACAUCCUCGGCUGGCCGGCUCAGCGCCCGGCGGCUCCUCCUCCCCCGCCCCCGACUGGUCCUGCUGCCUACGCGCAGUCGCUUCUCUCGCGAUUCAACAUCCCCGUAGCUCCUGCAUCUGGAGGGCCAACGGCCCCAUCGGCCCCCGCUGCCGGCGCUCACGAUUGGUUCUCCACCAUCAGUUCCGCCGUGGCAGCUGUGACCUCCGCCGGCAAGACCCCCGAAGCCCGUGGCGAGGAACUGUCUGCCAGCGGCAACCUGCUGCCCCGCGAUAUCGCCUCCAUGUCCCGCGCCGAUAAAGCGCAGUACAUCUCCCACCAACGCGACCUGCUAGAGGUGCUGCGCAGCGCGCUGGCGAAGGAGGAGCGUGAGCUGCACGGCAGCGAGACGGAGACGGACGACCUCGCGUACGGCAGUACCCCGUUGCAUAAGAACCCGAGCGAGAACUCGUUCCACCACGUGGAGCACGAGGACCUCCACAGGAGCUCUCCGGAUCUGUCCGGCCGGACGGCCAGCGGUACCUGGUCUUCGGGGUGGUUCAACGGCGAAUCGACUGAUAUGCGUAACCGCCAUCCUUAA